AUGGCUCAGGUGAUCAUCGACUUCAACAAUAUUGGGCAGCAGAUCGUCAAUGCGGUCAAGACCGCUGUCGAGGGCAUUGGCAAGCAGAUGGUUGCCAAUGCUGCAAGACUGUUCCAGCUGACGAUGACAGCCAACGUGGGCGCAUUGUGGCGCAAUCAUAUGGAGCAGCGGCCUCAGCAUGAGCCCAAUGCCAGCCUGCACACGUUGGAUGUCGUUCUCUACGGGGACGGCACAACCGUCAAAGCUGCCGUCACUUUGACCCAGGCGGAUGAAGGUGUUUGUGACGGCGAGACUUAUGUCUUCAUCGAGACUGGCGAUACCAAUCAGGCAGAGAAGGCAUUAGCGCUCCUGCUCGAGAUGACCAUGGUCAUGCUGGACACGACCGCUACAAUGUCGCCUCCCGAUGACACGGCCUUCAAUAAGCUGUCAGGGUAUGAUAGUGGCUACUACACUCAGUCGUGUUGA